AUGGAUAUAUUUAGAAUUUUGUCAAGAGGGGCUUCUAUUAAGAAAUCUAAACAAUUAACAGAUUAUGCAUUACCUUCAGAUUCUCAAAAGAAAUCAGAAUUACAAAAAGAAGAAAUACUAAAGAAUCAAAUUGAUAAAGAGACUGAUUUCUUUAAAACUAAGAAAAGAGACAUAGUUAAAGAAGUUGAAGCUGAAGAACAGGAAGAGGAAGAAGAACCAAUAUUGAAGAUUUCUAAUGAAGAUGAAGCUUCAAAGUUUCGUAAGAUGAAUAAGUCUAAAGUGACUGGUGAUGACAUUCCUUUACCUAUUGGAUCAUUUGAAGAUUUAACUACCAGAUUCAAAUUUGAUAAGAAACUUUUAGAUAAUUUGAUUCAAUCUGAAUUUGUUGAGCCAACUGCCAUUCAAUGUGAAUCCAUUCCUAUCAUGUUGAACAACCGUGAUUUAAUCGCUUGUGCACCAACAGGUUCAGGUAAAACCCUCGCUUAUUUGAUUCCUACUUUACAAAAACUUAUUUCAAACCCAAAGAAAAACCAUGGUAUUAGAGGUUUAAUCAUAUCACCAACUAAUGAAUUAGCAUCCCAAAUAUUUCAAAAUUUAGAAAUAUUAAGUAAAAGUAAGAACUUAAGAAUCGCCAUCUUAUCUAAACAAUUGGCUACUAAAUUAUCUAAUAAGGAAACUGAUUCCAAGAAAUAUGAUAUUAUAGUUACUACACCUUUAAGAUUAAUUGAUGUUUUAAAGAAGGAAAGUAUUGAUUUAAGUAAAGUUGAAAAUUUAGUCAUUGAUGAAGCAGACAAAUUAUUUGAUCAAGGAUUUUUAAAUCAAACUGAUCAAAUUUUAUCCACUUUAACUAAUAAGAAAUUAACCAAAUCGAUGUUCUCUGCUACAAUUCCAAGUGGAGUAGAAGAAAUUGCCAAUACCAUUAUGUUUAACCCUAUUAGAACCAUUAUUGGACAUAAAGAAUCUGCUAAUAAUCAAAUUGAACAAAAAUUGAUUUUCACUGGUAAUGAAGAAGGGAAAUUGUUAUCUAUUAGACAAUUGAUCCAAGAAGGUGAAUUUAAACCUCCUAUUAUUAUCUUCUUACAAAGUAUCAUAAGGGCUAAAGCAUUAUUUCACGAAUUAUUAUAUGAUAAAUUGAAUGUUGAUGUAAUUCAUUCAGAGAAAACCCCCAAACAAAGAGAUGAAGUUAUCAAAAGAUUCAAAAAUGGUGAUAUUUGGGUAUUAAUUACCACCGAUGUUAUUGCUAGAGGUAUUGAUUUUAAAGGAGUUAAUUUAGUUAUUAAUUAUGAUGUACCUCAAACUGCUCAAAGUUAUGUUCAUAGAAUUGGUAGAACUGGUAGAGGUGGUAAAAGUGGUAAAGCUAUUACAUUUUUCACCAAAGAAGAUAACAAAUCAAUUAAGCCUAUUAUUAACGUUAUGAAACAAUCAGGAUCUAAAGACGGUUAUGCUGAUUGGAUGGAAGAUAUCGAUAAAUUAAGUAAAAACGAAAAGAAGAAGAUCAAACAUAACGAAAUCAAGAGAAAGAAAAUCUCUACUGUACCUUCAGUUGUAACUAAAAAGAGAAAACAAAGAGAAGAAAUGAUUGAAGCUUCAAAGAAAAGAAAAGCUUUAGAAAACUCUUCUUAA